UAUUGAGAUUUAUUCGUUCAUUCAGUAAACCUAGCAGCCCAUAAGAAUGGCAGACAUUAAGGACAAUGGUACAUUACUAGCCCGCCAGAUGCGGCGUUUUAUCGAACGGAAUCCAGAAAUCGAAUUCCUACAAGAUGUUCCUGAUUCUGCAAAAGCAUCCAUUUUACAGCUGGGGGAUCCGGAUUUCUACCAGGACAAAUCAGAGGAAGCUGUACCGAUUCCACUCGAAUUAUCUAAUAGAAGAACGUUUCAAUCGUUAUAUAAGCGACUCCAAAAGGAAUACCUAACCCUACCAAAUUUGAAGAGUCAAGACAUGAAACAAGACAAGAAGAAAGAGGAAGGAAAUGCGAAGGGGCAUGAGAAGGAUGACAAGGAGCAGGAGGGCGAAGAUCAAGAAACUAGCCAAAAGAACCCUCCAGGCACACCGAAAAAUGUUCACUUUCAGCGACCUCAAGAUGCCAUCCCACCAACAGAGGAUGUUGCCUUUAGCCAGGGUACCUCCAGCCAGGGUACCUCCAGACAGGGUACCUCCAGCCAGGGUACCUCCAGCCAGGGUACCUCCAGCCAGGGUACCUCCAGCCAGAGUACCUCCAGCCAGGGCCCUGGAGAGACUAAUCAUGACAUCGGGGGUGCUGGAGAGACGACAGCCGAGUCCACUAGUGGCCGGAGCUCCGGAGAACCCAGUGCCGAAGCCAUCAGAAACCAGGACACUAGGGGAGAAACUCCCAUCAAAACUGAAGAUAACUGGAGCACUAGGGGAUCCAGUGCCGAAACCAGCGGUGGAACUGCAUAUGUUUGGCGAAAACUCAACGAAGCACUUCUCGACGACGGGGAUAAUCUAUUGAAACGCCUAUCAGAAAGAGCUCAACAGAAAGACUGUGACUUUUCCGAUGUUAAAUUCUACUUGGAAUACCAGCUGAACCGAAAUUCUGACCUCACUAAGGAGGGGCUUAGUGAUCUGGCUAUCAAAUUUAUCGACCAUUGUCCUCAGUCACAGGCAGAUCUUUGUAAAUCCUUAAGCGAGAAUGACCCUCAGCUUAAACGAAGAUACGAUAAAUAUUAUGCGUCCACAAAUUUAUCACCAGAGAUAAAACAGAGACGAGCGUGGGCUAGGAACCCGCAGGCUUACAGGGAAAGGAUGUUUGAGGGUUUGCGGCCAGAUAAACAAGGAUGGGACCAGAUCACACUAAAGAUUGAUCCCGACACAGGCAAGAAGAACACCAAGGGGAGAAUCACUGCAUCCAUCGAUAAGUAUCUGGAUGUUUGCCUUGACAGCCUUAAAAGAAAUGAUGAGGAAAGGCACUAUCUAGCAUUGAGAUCCGAAUACCCCCUAGAAGCUGAGCGCUUCGAGGAAAGCGAAAGGGGUCGACUGCUGACGAUAAAGCCACAGAAAAAGGGGAGCUUACAAGGUCUCCUGAAGACGGACAUAAAAAUUAUAAAUUACUCCUGUGCCGACCAGUUACACCCGGAUACUAACCCGCGAAUGUAUUUUUUCGGAUUCGAUAAGAGGAAAAAGAGGAUCCUCAAAGCCUGGGCAAGAACUACAUUUUGCGAAGUGAAGGAUUUUAAGGGCGGAUUUGACGAUCUCAACGACCAGCGGAAGGAGUGCGGCCAGAAAGAGAUUACUACAGUGAACAGACCGCACAGAAGGUGGCCUGGCCACUACAGGGAGCGCGGCUCUGAUUCUGAGUCCGAUUUUGAUUCUGACGGACUGGAGGACUUGAUAACAGAUAUAAAGAUUGAAUAGCGGAUUACAUGGAAAUUAUAGACUGAACUAUGUGGUGGUGGAUUUCAUAACAGCAGGCUUUUCUUAACAAGGUUGAUAACACUCCUUACCUAGGCUACGAAGUUUAUUUCAGUAAUAUGCAUUCCUAUAAGCUUCUGUGUUGUCCCAGGAGUAAUCUAGGUGCUUAGUGAAAGCUUAU